UACAGAACCCCUGCUAACUUUUAUGCCCCUAGCGCGCAAGCAAGUGUGAACGCGUCCUGAAGGCAUUUGGCGUUUGGGCACAGAAGAAGGCACGACGAUAUUCAUCUGAAGGCUUACAGUAGUCAGCCCUGUUCGCUGCUCACUCUCUUGCUUUCAUUAUAUUUCUUUUCUCUCUUUUCUUGUUUUGGGCCUCAUUCAUUCUAAGGCCAUAUCUCGAUGACAACUGUGCAGUCACCAGCAACUCUGGACACGCUCCUCUCAAGUUUCUGAAAUUCUGAGAUAAAGUUAGUCACUGAGAACGAGGACAAGCGCGACACUCCUCUUUAGAGUGUUCGGGGACUAAGGGUGGCUACACAAGCUACAUCUCCGCCAGCUGGCGUACCAUUGCAGAAUGGUAUAAAUGGUGCAAAAAGUCCUAAUCCAACCAUGCCUCACCCGUACGGUCAAACACCAGUACCUCUGCCGAGCUAUGCUCCUACUUCGCGACCUGCAUCAGUCGCCUCUGCUCCUACUGCGCAAAAGCCAAGCGCUUCACCCGCGCCAGCAACUCCUUUUCUCCCGCCAGGAUAUCAACUAUCACCGCCAAUGCAAACAAAUCGUUUGAGCCAGACAAUCUCACAACGGCCUCAGACGCAGACACUCAACGCCUCAUCACAGGCACAAGGCCCUAUGUCGCCACCACUGAAUCAGCCGCCGCUCUCCGUCGAGUCCUCAAACCACUAUCAUGAGUUGACUGCUUUAGUGGAGAAGACGCCGGCUGAUGUUGUUCGCCAAGUUGUUCGAGACAAAUGGGAAAAGUCUCUUGCGGGCUCACAGGCCCUUGCAAGACGCCUGGAGACGAUACCAGCCCGGCAGCUUGUCAACGCGUUGGCGCGUGCAGAACGGCUGGGCUACGAUGUCAAGGAUAUCGUCCAGGAGCAUGAUGAGCAUGUCAUCCCUUCUUUGCACUCGUUGCCGGUGCAGCCACAGCCGCAGCCCAUGGGGCCUCUAACAAACACAACACUUAGUGCAGCGCAAUAUCAUACUCCUCCCUUCGCUUCGCAAACUCCCCCAGCGCCAAUGCAAUAUGAUAAUAAACCAGCGACUCAAACUCCAGCGAAGUUUCAGACUCCGGCGAAGUUGACGCCAGAACUUGCAGCGAUCACUUGGUGCAAGUGUGGUUGGCCAUGUGCUUCUCAAGCGGCACUCGACUAUCACCACAAGAAGAGCGCCUGCCACAGAGUUCAAGCAAAUGACGUAGUAGGGAGAGACGUCUGCCUCUUUUGUGGUUGCAGAUUUGGCAGUGGUGGUGGUUUACUCUACCAUGAGAAGUCUAGCGUCUGCGGAAACCACUCUCGCGCCACUGCUGAAAUGAUGCGGAAGUUGCUUGUCCAUCUUCGUCCUGAGGAUCCGCAGCCUCCUGUGCCAGACCCCUCUACUGGAAUUACACGCAUCCCGUACACCCAAGUGCCUUUACAGUCGAUGCUGUCCCCAACGACCUGGGCCAACUCAACGAUAUCACAGCCUCCUAUUGGAACUCCAAGUCGUGAUUCGGGUCGCGAUCCAUACGCCCACCUCAGCCCUGAAGAUUUGAAGAGGUUCAAUGAUAUCAUGAAGAGUGCUGAAGAAAAAUACGGAGGUCUAAUGAAAGAUGCUUUGCUUCUCGACGAGCCAGAGAGAACGAAAAAAUUGGCCAGUCUGAAAAACUCAUAUAACACAAAGCAAAGUACCACUCGCAAGAAAUUCGGUAUCCGACUUCGCGAGAGGCGAACCCGAGGAGAGAUUGAAGCUGAGGAGGCUCGACUAAUAGGGACUCCAAGUAGCACCGCGACUCCACCGGCUACAGCCGCAUCUGACGGCGAUAUUCGCUCAAGGAAGAGGGCACGAACCGGCGAUGACCAGUUGCCGUCAUCGAACGCGACUAACAGGACUCAAGAAAGUCCCGAGAAGAGGGUUCCUAUGUCAGAAAUGGGCGGGCUCUCGGGGUCAUCAGCAACCGCGGAACUCACAGAUCCUACGGCAUACUUGAACCCAGCUCAGCCCCGUUAUGCGCCACCAAAACCAGCCGCAAUCGGUGGCCAGUCUGGUGUGCUUGGUUCUGCAGAGCGAGCCAGACCCUUGAUGAGAGGAACCCUCGAUGAUCCUAUGCCAAUUGACGACGACGACAAUUCGGAAACAGACAGUGAUAGCGAUAGUGAUAGCGACGGCGACAUUCCGGCUACUAUCUCCUGA